AUGGGAAAGAGAAAGCACAGUACUGGUAGUUCUAGCGGAGACGAAAGUGACGACGAUUGUAAACGAGUUAAAAACAAAAUGGUGCGAUUUGGCGAUGUAACAGUGUAUUAUUUCCCAAGAAAGCAAGGCUUUGUUUCCGUGCCUUCGACCGGAGGAUCGACGCUUGGAAUGGCAAGAAAACACAUUUCCAUCGAGAUUUUACGAGUGGAUUUGGGUCUGGAGGCGAAUAAAAAUGACAAAAAGCCUUUGUCACCGGUUUCCCAAAAAGCAAGAAAAAAUAUUCUGAAGACGUCAGGGGUGCGGCGAAUUCUAAAGAAAGAAGAACAAGAUUGCGCACAGCUCAGACUUAGUCGCGUCAUUUGUGGUUGUAGCUGCGGUGAUAUUUGCUACCCACAAACAUGCGAAUGCAUUUUAAGUGGAAUCGCCUGUCAAGUCGAUUAUGGCCGGUUUCCUUGUUCUUGUCUGCCAAACGGCUGCCAAAACGACAAUGGAAGAAAGCAAUACAAUCCUAGUGUUGUGGAAAAACACUAUUUUGAGACAUUUGCCAAAGUAGGUGGACAGAACGGAGAGACAACAAUCGUGAAAUACGUGGGUGUCAUGUAGAAAAUCUGAAUUAUUUCCAUAUUUUCGUCACGCGUUUAAAUGACUAAAUGACCCAUUGUUCCGCGAACAAUAUAAUGCUAUUUUAAGCACGUAUGGGCAUUUUAAGUACUCUUAUGAUAUCCGCAUCCGAUUAUGUUUGGGCAGGCACUAUGGUUUUGACCGCAUCAUAUAUCGAGCGAGAGACGUAUUUAUUUCAAAAUUUACAAAAGAAUUGUAUAAAGUGAUGUAAAUGAAAUUUAUUUUUAUGUAAAUAAUCGCCAAAAGAUUGUAAUCAUACAGUUUUAAACAUUACCCAAAUAAAAAUUUGUCAGAGUUCAGAAAAUGUCGAUUAAUCGCUCAGAUUCCCACCCCCCUCCCCCAAUUAUCCAAUAGUUCUUAGCUGAAAAAAAUUGUGUGAACGUGAGCGAUAUUUUUACUACGGUGAUGAAAUGCUUGAGAGUAUACGUAAGAGAAACCUUUCCGUUCCGUCAAAGUUUCAUUGUUUUUAUCCUUUUCUAGAUCUAGAGACUUACGUCUAGAACGUUUUAAAGAAAGUCACACGAAAUUAAGAGAGAACGCACGAGCGAGCCAUAAGCUGGGAAAAAAGCUGGGACAGUCGCCUUCUAGCCUGCGUCGGAAGCGAAUCGAGGGCGCGAGACCGCGCGUGAGGGAGGAGAGAGGAGGGGAACUCUUUUCUCCCUCGCGCGCCCAAAUUCCCCCUUCCCUCCCCUUUUAACACCUGCCACGCAGGCUAGUCGCCAUCAGACUGGCCAGCCUUCUCUUAUUUCUUAUUGUUAGUACAACUCAAAAUCUUAAACAUCGAUAAAACGGCAGUCCAAAUGGCUCUAGAGGUGAAGAGUCAGUAAAACACAAAACAAAAACACAGGAUGAGUCUUUUUUUUUUUUUCUAUUUUUGUCAAAAAAAACGGAAUUUAGGACGUAUUUUGUUUAUUUUCAUACAUUCUCUUAUAAAUUCAAAUCGAAAGUUGGUUUCCGGAGAGGUCCGCAAUCUUCUAUUCAGUGUUGCUAAGAGAGAAUUCAGCAGUCGCCAUUACAAUAUUCUGCAUUUUUUUUAUUGAGUAAGUCGUGUCUGGACUUGACAAUUAAAGUUUGCUGUGAUGUGGCGUCCCAGGAAUCAGACUUUCAAAAAACACGCAAAUUCUGAAGUUCAAAAGCUGACUGACGUUUGCGUUUUUCGCUGCCGUCAAUAAUCUUAGCGGACCUCUUAGGAAACAGAAGUUUUCUUUUUAAAAAGGUUAUGGUUUGUGAUUUGUGAUUGGCGGAUUUCGAUCCGUUUUGUGCGUUUCUCUGUUUCAAGGUUCGUUGCUUUUCCAUGAUCGUAAUGAUAAUUGAUGACAGUGAAAAACGCAUUUUUGAAGGCAGCGUUUGAACUUCAGAGUUCGCGUGUUUUUGAAACAUACAUACAUAUCCCAGCUAACGCCCUAAGAUUCCCACUCUGUUCCAUUAUUCUGUCUUGCUGUGUCUGAAUCUCAUGGUGAACGCCGAGGACACGGUCAUUUUUCACAUGCAUGGUCCCCUUCCUCAGGUGUUUGUUGUCGAUCAGGGGGGGGCCCACGACUUAGCGAAAUUUCGUGUACCUAUGAUCCACCGAUUUAUGACAUCACAUCCGGUUGCAGAGUUGCUGCUCUGUUUUCGCGCGAAGCACAAAGAUGGACGCCCGAUGCCAUUUGGUUUUCUCGUUGUUUUUACCCACAGGCUAACGGAAUCAUGUAUCUUGAAUGCCGAGAAUGUUGAGAAGGUAUCUAGUCGGCCAUUGAAGCAAAUGUCAUCACCAAACAAAGAAGAUUUAGUAUUGUUUUGACGAUAAAUAUCAUGCAGCUGCGGGGAAUAUCAUGGCGAGUCUUGCGAUGUUUCAGAACGAGUGUCGUUAACGUUUUGUGGCUGUUGCGGCCUCUGAUUUAGAGAAGUCAUCAAUCAAAAUAUAAUUUCCUGAGCGGAAUAGAAUGGGGAAAACGUCUAUGGCCACAGUUUAAAGUGUUCACCGCUGGAAGGCUGUAUCACGCCCCGUAAAGUUGCAGAAACUUCCACUCAACUGCAUGGUUUUGAGGAAUGUCAUGGCGAGUCUUUCGCUGUUUGUAAUCGAGCGUCACUCAAGAGUUUGGCUUUCGCGGCUUCUGAUUCAUCGAAGUCAUCAAUCAAAAUUGCCUAUCCUGAGCGAAAUACCGUGGGGAAAAAGCUUAUGGUCACAGUUUAAAGUGUUAACAGCUGGAAGGCUUUGCCACUCGACGUAAAGUUUUUGCAGGGGCUCGGUCUUCUGCUGUUCGAACACCCUCUGGCAUGGACUGGCAUGGUGUCGCAUAGUUAAGGUUAGUAGGUUUGCCGAUCCAGGAUUUUUCUUUUAGUGCACGUGAGAGAAUUACAAGGAACGUAGAGUAAAGAAAUAUUAGAGUUAGUCAAUGUUAGAGCGUGAGCUUUUGUUAAGAGAAUUAGAUAUCAAAUUUUUUAAAUGGUUGAUGAAAAAGGAAUUCUUAAAGAACAGGUGGUACUAUUAGGAAAGGGCAGUAAAAUAUCCUAAAGAACUACCCUUUUUCUCACAGCACUUUCUACUGGAUCUCUAAAACUGUAUUUUAUUGGGCAAGAAACACAUAAAAUAGAAAAAAUGUGACAGAGAAUAGGCCGUUUGCUUUGGGAGGUGGUGGCCCAAGAGAGGUGGAGAUAUUAAUUAAGAGGGGCUACAGCCAAGAAGGACAAUAUCAUAACCAAAACAAUAAUCUUGCUGAUCAAUUAUUAUUACUAGUAGUCUUUUUUGAGUACGGUAGUAUACCAGAAAGAUACCACAUGCCUGCAAUUGCUGUGAUCAUAGACAUCAUAAUUUAUUGUUUUAGAGGGAGGCAUGCAAGGUUUUUGCUAAGGGGAUUUCAGGGGUGGUAACAGCACACCUCCAGACAGACUGUAUGGUUUUUUAUGGGGGAUUGUGAAACUUAAUGACAGCAAACUUAAUUUGCACAGAUAAGUCAAAUUACAUUGCCAGUUAUUUCUCUCUGUGCAGUAGGGGAUAGACAGUUCAAUUAUGUGUGAAGGGUUGGAAGUAUAUUUUUUUGCCAAUUUUCCCUUCCUGAGCCUUAAAAUCUAUAUUGUAAGACAGUUGUGCAUAAGGGAUAUUUGCAUUGUUUGAUUCUAGGAUCCUUAAAAGUUGUAAGGAGAGAGGGUCUUCAUGGUCAAAACAAACAAAAAGUAUGUUAUAUGAAACUUGAAUGAAAUUUCUACCUGGUAGGGAGUUGUUGGGAGAAAACGGCCUCCCUGGAACAGGGUUCAUACAAAAAAUUGCAACCAUUUUUCAAGGACUUUUCAAGGACCACAUUAGAUUUUCAAGGACAACCUACUAGGAAUAUAAUUUCACAGAUUGUACAAAAAUGCACAUUCCUAGUCUACUCUAAUAAGACUUUAAGGCUUUAACUGUUUGCUUCACCAAAUUCUCUACAUUUUUCAGUUCACUUGUCUUAAACUGGUAGUUAAUUUUUGCAUAAAACAUGGAGCACUUUAUGUAAAUGACCUUUACAUUCACUGAGCUACGAUUUAUAUUCUGUCUUGGACAACCAAAAAGCAUAAAAAAAUUCUUUCCAGGCUACUACAUUCAAAGUUGAAGAAAAUUCAAGCUCUUUUCAAGGACUUGCACAGAAAUUUAAGGACUUUUCAAGGAAAAAUGGAAUUCAAGGACUUUUCAAGGACUUCCCCUUAAAUUCAAGGACUUUUCAAGACUGUGCGAACCCUGUGGAAAAAGAAAGGAUAUUUUUUGUUCUGUAACAUGAAACUUUCAUCUUAAGACUUGCACUUUUUCUUACUAGAAACAAUACAUGUAAGCAAUGGAACCAAAAUUUGAAGGAUACUGCAAUAAUUCACUUCAGUAGAAUGGUUUUUCUGUUUCCUAGUAACAAUGUUUUUACUCGGUAACUUUUUCAUAAGGUUGACAGUGGUCUUCUUUUAGUACAAUAUCUAUGUUGAAUGGCAUGCCUGAGGGGAGAGGGGGGAGGGGUAUGUACCUGUAGCUGGUGGGGCAAAAGGGAGUAGCCAACAGAGAGUUCAAACCUUUUUAGGAGAAACAGUCACCCAGUGCAGCUUUGAGUGAACCAGUGAUCAUUUUUUUUUUCUUUUGGCCAUACCUGGACGGAUAUUUAUUUUUUUCUUUAUACUUCAAUUUAAAUUUUUCCUCUUUUUUCGGGUAUGAAAAUGUAUGAUAAUGAGUAUGACACAAAGGAAAGUAAAAUUAUCCAGGGAUAAAAUUGAACCACAAUAAUAAUGAUAUACAGCUGUGUAUAAAUUAUUAGUAUGUAUACAACAGUUUUUCUUCUAGUGUUAAAGGAAAUACUGAACUUUUAUUCACCUACUUUAUUUGAUUGAUCAAUGAUAUUAUUAUUGUUCUAAAAAAAGAAACAUCAAAAUAUUGUCAAUAAAUUACAUGUAUGAAUUUUAGAAACAUGCAAACCAGCCCUGAGACAUUCAAGCUGUAUUGAUUUCCUUUUUGCCAAAAAAUAUCCACAUUCCUAACGUCUGUUGAUCCUGUAUUUGGCUCAAAAUCUUAAUGCUUAGAUUCACAAUGCAUUCUUGAUUCUUUUCCAGUAUCUACUGAAAAAUACAGUCUAGGUAUGUUGUAAAUACCAUCUCUUCUUAGUUCCGAGUUGUUUUGACACACAAUCCCCCAUCAAGUGAAGGUCUAGGAAACAUUGGGUAAAUGUAGAUAGUUAUAAUCAUCGUUUUUGUGUCAAAAAGUGUUUACACUCCUAUUUCAAUCUUCAAACAGCUUGAUUUGCUUAAAAAGAGUAUUUUUUUAUUGUUCAGUAGCUCUAGGCUCAAGUUCAUAUCUUGAUCCCAUCAAUGUAUCUUCAGUUUUAAACAGAGGUUUCAGUGGUUUCAAAACAAGCUGGUGACCACUGGAGUUCCAUCGGCUACUUGAUUGUAUGUUGCCAGCAAUUCUGUAGUCCCCCCCAGCCUCCAGAUACUUUAAAACAUUUUGAAAUCCCUGAAGUUUAUGUACUGACGAUGAGCUAGUAUAAUUUUACAAAGGAACCCUACCAAAGGAUCAGAAAGCCAAGCCAAGUAGUGUACCAUAAAGACUGAUCAUCUCAAAACCCACCUCCUAUUCCAUGGCACAUACCUGUAUAGAAGUACUACAACCUUCUCCCUGGGUGUUAAAGUAACAGUAAAGAGGGGUUUCAGGUGUAGCCUCUUGUCUUUGUUUUAUUUUUCUGAUAUUUGCUACAACCUUUGCUCCUCUGUAGGGAAAGAUGGUUUGGCAAGAGGAAAGCAGAAGACAGUUUGAUGAAAUGAUUUAUUAAUUCACAUUUUACUAUUCCAUCUGUUAAGAGGAUUUUCUAAACAGAUCAUUUAAAUAGUCUCGAAUUCAUUAAAGCUGACAAAAAGCACAUGCUGUUCUUGUUGUUCCUUUAUAAGACAGCCUUAAAUAAAUUGCAGGUCUGAAAGAUGGAGUUGUAAACCAGCUCAACAUGAUUUCAGUGUCUUCUGUUGCUGCAGAUUUUCUGUAAACCAGAAAAGUGUACUCCCUGAAAUGUCAGCAUUCUUCCUUCCUUUCAACUUUAAUAUUUGACAGUGAGUUGUACUCAACAUUUAUUAACAACAUUUUUGUCCUCAUUGACUUUUAUCUCUCUUUAUGAGUUGUGUGGUAGAUAUACUUUUUAAUACUUCUUGAUAUUCUCUUGUUUGUGCUCUUCUGUCAUCUAUUUUUGUCUUCCCAGCUAAGCAAAAUAAAAUACAUAAUUUAAACAUUAAUGCCCAGAGGACUAGCCUGUGCCACAAACAGAACUAAACUUCUGGUUAAGUCCCCCUGUGAGACAGCACUGAAAUCCUGGUUGUGGCCACCCCCUGGCCCACCUGUAAACGAGCACUUGCAUAUGUGCUAUGAUUGGCCUGUUAAAAAUACCAUUAUUGAAGGGAAUAUCGAAACACAUUGGGAUUGGGAGCCCAGAAUAUUGGCACGGCUUUGCAGAUGUUACUAACUGGCAAUAGAUUAUGUCUGCAACACAGGCUACACUGACAACCAGACUUACAGUGUAGGUUUUAAAUAUAUAUUGUUUAUAAAUUCAGGAGUAAGUAAUUCAAGUCUUUAAAAAUACACAAAAUUCAUUUUUUAUACCUUAGAUAAUCGUCAACUAAAAUAAGGUGCAGUACAGCAUUAUGAAUGACCCUAACUGAAACUUAUUAAUAAUUCAUAAAAUGCAAUUUAAAUCAAGAAAUACAAGUAAUAAUUACCAAGCCAAAAUAUGUGUUUUGCUGCAGGAAAAACGUAUACAUUUCUUCUAACAUGUUCUAAAGUAACUAGACCUCUUAUUGAGUCUCAUAUUACACCUCUAGUGAUCCCUCUAGAUCUUCAAACCUCUAAAACAGUUAAACCAGCAGUUUGUUUUUUCACUCUAUAAAUUUCACUAUUUUUCACUUUACUAAUUAGUUACAUAACCAUAAGCACUGUAAGUCGUAGUAUGUUUGUUUUUUUAGCUUUAAAGGUCAAGAACCAACCAACACAUGUUCGGGAACGAUUCAUUUUUAAAUAAGUGUUGUAGUUAUCAGUUAAGAUAAGGAGUAAUUUCAAACUAGUCAUUUUAACAAUAUGACUAGUAGUGCAUAAGGGUUUCUUUUCAUGUAUGUUACACUUGCAAGCUUAGAAAAAAAGGAAGGGCACAAACUUUCUUGAUUUCUCUCAGAUAAUGACAAAUUGGACUACGUUUGGGCUUAACUCUUGUUCUAAACAUAAAUCUUCAAAGGCUAAAAAAUCUUUAAAUGCUAAAAAUCCAACACUAACCUUCCAGAAGCUCGCAACAUGUGACCGUUUCGAAAUCAGUUGAGUAGAGCUUUCAGCAACUUUACGUCAACUGGCAAAGCCUUCCAGCUGUUAACACUGUAACUGUGACCAUAGGCUUUUUCUCCACGGUACUUCGCUCAGGAUAGGGUAUUUUGAUUGAUGACUUCGGUGAAUCAGAAGAUGCAAAAGCUAAAAUCUUGAGUGACGCUCGAUUGGACAUAGAGAAAGACUCACCAUUACAUUGCUCAAACCGUACAGUCGAGAAGAGCUUUGAGCAACUUUACGACGAGUGAUAAGGCCUUCCAGCAAUCAACACUUUAAACUGUGACCACCAGCUUUUUCUCCAUUCUAUUCCACUCAGGAUAGGCUAUUUUGUUUGACAAUCUCGGUAAAUCAGAAGCUACCACAGCCAACCCUUUGAGCGGACACUCGUUUUGAAACAGCGAAAGACUCGCCAUGACAGGACAGUUGGGUAGAGCUUUCAGCAACUUUACGUCCAGUGAUAACGCCUUCAAGCAGUUGAAACUUUAAACUAUGACCACCGGCGUUUUGCCCAAUCCAUUCCGCUCAGGAUAGGCAAUUUUGAUUGAUGACUUCGAUGAACCAGAAGCCGCAACAGCCAAACUCUUGAGUGACGCUCGAUUACAAAGAGCAAAAGACUCGCCAUGACAUCCCUCAAAACCAUGCAGUUGAGUAGAAGUUUUUGCAACUUUACGGGGCGUGAUACAGCCUUCCAGCGGUGAACACUUUAAACUGUGGCCAUCGACGUUUUUUCCAUUCUUUUCCCCUCAGGAAAUUAUAUUUUGUUUGAUGCCUUCUCUAAAUCAGAGGCCGCAAAAGCCGCAAAACGUUAACGACACUCGUUUUAAAACAUCUCAAGACUCGCCAUGACAUUCCCCGCAGCUCCAUGAUAUUUAUCGUUAAAAUAAUACUAAAACUUCUUUGUUUGGUCAUGAAAUUUGCUUGAAAGGCCGGCUAGAUACCUUCUCAAGAUUCUCGGCAUUCAAGAUACAUAAUUCCGUUAGCCUGUGGGUUAAAAUAACGAGAAAACCAAAUGGCAUCGGGCGUCCAUCUUGGUGCUUCGCGCGAAAACAGAGCAGCAACUCUGCAACCGGAUGUGAUGUCAUAAAUCGGUGGAUCAUAGGUACACGAAACAAGUACCGCGCGCUAUUGGAGUCGUGGGCCCCCCCCUGUUGUCGAUCAAUAAAGCGCGCGCACAAAGCGAGCUGUCACCAGGAGCAGCUAAACAGAUAUCAUGCGAUCUCGCAAAGAGCAACUUCAUCGUGCUAUUAUAUGAAAAGUGAUCUCCCUAUUCAGUUUAUUAUCUCGGCCCAUCCAUAAGCAAGAUAAUGAAAAGUUCGAAAAGUACACUGUUAUGUUGGAAGAAGAAGGACAAAUCUAACAACAGAAUGCUCGGAGAAAAUUUCGAACUCCAGGUUUGAGAAGAACUCGCGACCCUACAACUAUUAAUCUUAGCCAGGAUCACUACCGUCCCUCUGAUAUUGCGUAUAUUCAGCCAUGAUCCUGCGAUCACUCUUGUUAAAUAGCGUAGCCUGUGGAAGGCUUUCUUUUUGGAGGAAAGGGGCUAAAAAUUGCGAUGAGAUGACGAGGGAAAAAAAUAGCAUAGUGGAGAGGCGAGUGAACUCUCCCGCGGCCUUUUCCUUCUGCGAUAGUCCUCACGCACUCGACUCACUUUGCUCGCCAAUUUUUCCCUUUUUCACUAGCAGACCUAUCAAGGAGCCUGGUUCUAAGCUACAAUCCCAGACAAACGUAGUUGGGAAGGUUGUACAACUUAGCGAUAGUCCAUUUUAAUCCUCAAAAAAGAGAGUUUUCUCUCUGUUCUAAACAUCCCCGGUCCCCCGCUAUUCAAUGUUGGGAUAUGACAGAACUGAUUACGCGCACAAACAUUAACGUUUUGCUCACAACAUUGGGCCAUGGGCCGGGUGCAGGAAGGAAAAAAAAAGAGGUAAAAAAAACCUUCCUAACACUUCCAGUGAUCACACUAGGUGUAAUUACUUCAUGCAAAAUUUACACAAAUUAUAUAUUCGAUUUUAUUGUUCGCAUGAACAGCUAUGAUGUAAAAUAGGAUUUCUAGUCUAAGGGCAUGGGUUUUUCCUUUGGAUAAAUGACUCUGGCUACAAUGUCAGCUGAAAUUAAAGAGGAUGGGACUGGCUCGAAGUAUGAAUAUUAUGUUGGUAAGUCACGUGAUUUGUUUGACCGUAAAUUCCGGGAAACAUCACACGUGACCAGGUUUUGUGGGGAGGGUGACCGCCAAUGUGGGGAGGGCCUUGUCACUCGGUGGGGUAAAAACACCCCUCAAAGGUGUCAUUGAGGCUUAAUUUUCGUCUCCUUUAAAUUUCUUUUCAUCUCUUGACCAGACUUUCCAGAUAGACCACGAUUAUUAACCAAAUAAUUUCAAGUUCGCUUCACGCAAAUUAAAAUGUCAAAUUAUAGCGUCAUAAAAACGGACGUAGCCUGUCCUGCCUGCGCCUCAGACGAAACUAAAGCUGGUUAAGUCCGUCUGCGAAACAGCGCAGAAAUCCAUGUUCUGGGCCCCCAAAUGUGUGCCAGGAUUUGAGUACGCACCAUGAUUGUCGUGUUAAAAUAGGCAUUGUCCAUUUGCCAAUCAGGUCGAAAGACCCUUCCGGUAAUUCGUUGAGUCCGUUGGGGGCCCACAACAAGGAUAUAGGCGCUGCUUCGCAGCCGUUUCUAAGGGACCGUCCAUUAUUUGUCGCCUGGGGGGAUGGGGGAACGGAAGGGUGGAGGAUUUGGGGCUAAACAAGGUGAAAUUUAACCGAUCCCACCAUUGAAUGUUACUUUGAUGACGUCCGGAUCCCCCCCACCCCAUGUCUUCAUUUUCCAAGCAAAUUUGAGUGGCCCCCCCCUCUGAAUCCUUCCAAAGUUUUCAGCGAUCCCCCCCUUUUUUUCCCAAAAAGCAAGUGAUCCCCCCUAAAAUCCUCUGCGCCCACCCCCCACCUCCAGGCGAUAAAUAAUGACCCGUUCCUAACCAAGGUUAAAUUACGUUUGUGACGCAGGCGAGGACGUAGACUUUCUAAAAGCUUUAUUAUUAUUUUUUCUGGUUGGUUAUACCAUUUUAAAGACUUUUCAUACCUGUUUGGCCCGAAGUUCAUUGGUCGAAAAUUCUACCGGUGACGUCAUGACAAUUGACCAAUAGGACAGUGAGUGAUAUUUCACGCCGCUCCCGACACAGCAUAUGUUAAUCAAUUUUUUUUUUCCCGAGUGAAUUUAUAAUAUGAUUCAAAUUCAUAGUAGUUAGUAGAGGGGACUUGUUGGAAAAACCGGCAAACAUCAAAAUUGAAAACAAUGGUGCGGUAGUUUAUGCUGGAAGCUCCCUGACCGUGCACAAUCUUUUGUUUUUAGUUCACAAUUCGAAACUGAAGAAAUUAAUGCGAUGUUUCUAUUGGUCAGUAAGUUCAAAAUGAUAGUAAUGCUAUUGAACGUUGUGCACGGUCAGGUACAAAAAAGCUAACAAAAACAUAUAACAAAGGAGUCUAACGGGUUUCAUAGCCAUUCCAUUUAAUCCAUUCAGGCGAAACUAGUCGACUCUCUGUCGCUGCGUGACCUCAUGCUCUGAAGCACUUUUAAAAACUUAUGAGAAGCAGCUGGAGAACUCGACUUGUAGCAAGUCCCUGAGCAAGGACGGAAGUCACCAAAGAGGGUUAAUAUAUAUUAUUUUUUAAUUUCAAAGUCAUCUUUAUCGAUUCUCACCCCCAAAGCUUAAUUUGUAACGGACGUGACCAAAAGAAACGGUGGGCUCUGCGGAGUGGGGAAAAGAAUGUGUAUUAUCCGAAAGAGCACUGAAAAAAUCUUUUCUCGCUAAGACAUGCACGUUAGAUUUAGGUUUCUGGGAAACUGCCCACCUACCCCUCCCCUAAGCUAACAUUAACAUUUACUUCUCACUUAGGGAAAAAUGGUGGCUUAGGGGAGGGGUAGGUGGGCAUUUUCCCAGAAACCUAAAUUGAUCCGACACGUUAAGCCGGAGUCAUAGGAGCUCAAAGAAAUUUAAAUGCAACCCCAGGAGCCAUACUUUUCCUUAAAAAAAAAAAACAAAAACAAAAACAAAACAAAACGAAACAAUUUUUAUGAUUUUAUUUUAUUUUUUUGCAAACUAAGCUGAUUUUUCAGUAACACACACCUUUUUUUGUAUAAUUUUUUGUGCUUAAAAACGCUAAUUUCAGCAAAACAAAAAAUGAUGAAAUGACAGUUUAUGACAUCAGAAAACUGUUUUUCUGGUUUUUGCGCAGUUAGGAAUUUCUUUUUUAAAAUUUCUCCGGUUUUUCUUCUUGGUUUCGAUAGUAGUUAGGAUAUGUUAUGUGUAACUUAAAUAGCAAUGGCUUCGCGACAACAAAACACUUCAAUCAAGAUUUAUUUUACAAGGGGGUCUCCUAGCCUGCGAACCGCAGACGCAUUUCCGGUCGUCGCUUCUCUCCCUCCGAAAAAUAGCUAUUUUUCGGAGGGAGAGAAGCGACGACCGGAAAUGCGUCUGCGGUUCGCAGGCUAGGGGUCUCCCUUUUAAGUCCAAAAUUCAAAAUGUCAUAUCUCAGCUUAUAAUAGAGAUGGUGGAAAUUUUUUCUCUAUAAAAAUGGGAGAUUCAAAGGUUUAAAAUUUAUGUCAGCAAAAGUGAAGUCAUAAUUUGACAUUCCAGGAUCAUGAGGAUUCCCACAGGAUUCCGUUGUAGGUCGGCUAUUUUAUUCCUAGCCUUUACAAAUGACCUCACCCAGCUGUAUGUGGAACAUUAAGCCUGUCUAUUCGCAGAUGCCACUGGGAUUUAUUGGGCCGUGAAGUCCUCUGUUGAUUGCAUUCAAUUAUUAAGCAAGAUCGGCUCAACCUGAAAAAAUGAGAAUCAGAUUGAAAAAUGAAGUCUAAUGCUGAAAAAGAUAAUGUCUACGACUACAAGAUUAAUGGAUACAGCCGGCUCUACCUUGUCCGACGAACUUCACUAGAAUGAACAUGAUCAGAAUAAAGCCAACAACACUUCAGGGUUUCUCAAACGGACCCUAACACGUUGCCAACCAAGGACCAAUGAAACGGCCUAAACUGGCCUUGGUACGCCCAACUCUUGUACAGCGUUGCAAUGUUGGAACAAUGUUGGAACUGUUCGAAACAAUGUCGCAACAAUGUUGCAAAGCAGUGUUUCGCUAAAAAUCGUCUCAUGUAACGACACCUUUAGACCGUAUGGGAUCCAUAUACUGUUCUUAAAUCGCUUCGAGCGGAGGGAUAGUGUCACUGCAAUGAUUUUAGCCCUGAAAUAGAGGCCACUUGAAAGUAGGCCAACCAUAGCACGUUUAUCAAUGCUGUAUAAAAAGCGAAAAAUAGGCUAGUCCUCUACGAAGAUAUUAACUCCAAACCAGCAUGUCAAUUGUGAGUAUGCUUACAAGCAGCCGAUAGCCAUAAGGGAUUAUUUUUUCUAUCCACGAACAAUUUCAGAAUGGAACAAACUCCUAAGAGAAAUUGUACUAAUUGUCCAGUUCGCUAGCUGCAUUUAAAAACGCAAUUUUUAACUCCGUGAAUACAAGAUAAGACAAGGCAACAUUUUAUUUGGCGUCUUAUACCAGCUGGUACCGUGACUGUUUCCAAAUAAUUUAGAAUUACAAUGUUCUAUGUUAAGCUAUUCGUCACAGUAUACAUAACAAGUUACUACCGCGAAUAGCAGUAGUUACAUCAUGACACGUACCACAACAUCCAUUGGCAUUUUAUUAUUCGGUGUUUAUUGUUAUUGUUGUUGCUAUCGUUUUUGCUAUAUUGUUGUCAUUUUUUAGAGAAGUCUAAAAUGCUUAGUAUUGAGCAACAGACCUAUUCGAUAAAUAAGUAAAUAGAUAAUAAACUAUAGGGGCGGUUUGGCCCCACCCGGGAGGGAGCGGGGGGGGGGGGGGGGACACCGGGAAAUAAAAGUUCAAUAGUUGUUAACACUGAAAAGAAACCUGACUGGAAACUUUUGUUCUUAUUAAUGAGGGGUACCGCAUAAUUUGGGAUAUUAGUACAUAAGGAGCUUUAGCAAAAAAGUGAUUUUUUUUCUUCUUUUCUAUUUCGUUGCUUUGCGUCACCUCCCCUUCCGUAGCUAGAAGAUGUGAUGUGUGUGACUGUAUUUUCAAAUUUUUGUGCUAGUUUAUGCGCACUUUGAACUCUUGUGUAAACUCUUGAGAAGAAUGAAUUGCAAUAAGAAAUUAAAGUUCUAAAAGUUGUUUUUCUCUGGUAUUAGACCAGAUCACAUUGAAUCAUUUCAAAGUUCUUACAUUUGUAUGGCGAGAAGAUAAAACUAUCUCGACAAACAUUAAAUAUUAAUUAAUGUAAAAAUUGUUUUAUUUCCUCGUAUAUUAUCUCUCGGCACCUGUUUUGAUUUCAGUGAAACUUCCAGAGCGAAGAUCACUUAUGCAAAUCGCAGCGGCUAAUCCUUUGUUAAUCGCUUCGACAUGUUUGCAAACAAUAUUCCAAACUCUUUCUUAACCUUUGUUUUUUGCUUGUUCCCAUAAAUUCCCUAACCGGAUCCUUUGAAGAAUGUUAAAAGAAAAAUGCAACGAGGAAGUUUAUAAUGCAUUGUUCUUGGUGCUUUGGACUCACUUUGUUUCGGUCAAUUAGCAUUUGUUGUUGAAUUUUUCAGGACAAAGUGAUUUGGUGAUCAUAUGUUCAUAUGCUAAUUUGAUUGAAAGUAUUACACGCUUCCCCAAACAGCUCUUCAUAAAUAUGUCUACUUUGUUUAUUUAUUCUCAAUUGUUCUUGGCUAUUAACCAAGGAUGGCGCAAAUAUUUUCCUCUGCGAAUUUUAUACAAUCAAAAUUCAGUUUACGAACCGAAACCCUCCUGUAUCUUUGAACCUGAUCGGAAACUCCGCACUAUAUUUAUCUUUGUCACGUGAUCUACUUGUCACAGACGAAUACUUCUAUCGUUUACGAGGAGCAAUUCGCUUCCUGUAAGAGGCUGUGAUUUUUUAGUCGCGGCAUUUUGAUGCUGUUUUAGCGCAAGUUUGCUCAUUUCGGAACUGCAGUCGUGGGUUUUAAAUGGUAUUUUCAUCGCCUGUCAGAGCUAAAAGUACAGAUUACUCUAAAGUUGUCGGGAGCUAAUAUGGCGGCCAUUUCUGUGGUAUGGGACUUCUAAUGGCGUGAAAUCCAAAAGGACGAAUAUUGCUUCAAGUUUCCUUUGAAAUUCCGAAGAUUUUAGGAGAAACAGGGCUUUGCACACAGGUCUUGUUCAAACCAUUGUUUAAUCGCCAUUUGAAGUGAACAUUCUGUGUGAACAUGCUGCGACGUGCUUGGCUAAAGAAUUAGCAGGCGACACAAAUCCAAGGGUUUCUGGUAAAUACGGGAAGAAAAAUUCCGGAAACGUCUUAGUAGAUGGCAACAAGGACUGAACACGGCAAAGAAAACAGAUACCGAGCUCGCAGAGAUUUGGCCAAUGCCUCAAAAGGUGAGAACAAUGAUACCGUGAAGAGUCAAAGCUCAUCCGGGGUGACUCGCAACAAGAACAUUAUUGACACAAAAACAAAGCGUAAUGCAGCCAGUCCAGAGAAUGAGCACAAACACCGGGCGUACAACAAGUUUGGUGCUCCUCCAAAGAAAAUUAUAUCGUCCGAUAAAGCUUUCAUUGCACCUCUAAAAAACGACAAUGUUGCUCGUAAAACUCGGGAGGAGAAACCCCGCGUGCCGCGAAAACCCGGCAGUGAAGGACGGCCUGCCGUGGAAGAUAAAAACAAGAACGGAGUUGAAGAUGAAGGGAAGCCCAAUGUGAGCAAGUUGAAACAUAUUUUUGAUGAGACAAUUGCGAACGAGACAAUUAAAGCACGCCAGAACUACAAGAAACCAAGGCCUGUUUCAGAGGCAUUUGACAGAGUGAAAGCAGAAAGUGGUUCUUCAGAAAUUGCUCUGUCAGCUGUUCCAGGAAGAUGGUCGUUGCCUAGUUACUACAAGAAGACGUUGCCCACUACACCUUCUGAUCCAUCGCAUAAGCCUCAUGUAUCUCAGGGUAUUGCUGCGAGAAGGGCGGUUUUUGAAAGUGGUGGUUCGAGUGAAGAUGUCCAGCCCAGGGAAAAACGAUCCCCAAGCCUGAUAGAUUUAGUCCCAGAUUUAAAGGAGCUGGACCUCAGCUCCCUGCGAAAAAGUGACCCAUCACCCUCGCCAAGAUCUCGCACAAGGUCUGACCCAGGAACUAAGCGACCUAUGUACAUUAUACGCAGUCGUGGUCGCUUUUCAUCUGAUUCUAAAGCUGGCAAUGGAGAUUAUCGAAAACAGUCCCAUGAUGACUCUGUUUUAAGGAGACCAGGAGCGCAUGGUAGUAAGUAUCUCUAUAAAUCUCAUAGUGUGGAUCGUAUCUUGCCUGACUCAAUAGUGAUACCUGGUAGUGUUAAUGAGAAGGACAAAGAAACUGCUAAAACUGAUGUCUCUAUUACAUCGCCAAAGCAAGAGCAAGAGGCAAAGUUGGUGUCUACUAAGGCUGAAAAGACUGAGCAGGAAGACAAGUCUGAUGUUAAAGAUGUUAGUGCUCCAACUUCUCAAGAUCAUGGGCAGGUUGGCCAGAGAUUUCGCCGAAAAGAAGUUCCAAAAGAUGACUUCUUUGAUGAGACUCCUGGUAGGGUGCGAGAAGCCACCUGGAAGGAUGAAGAAAUUCCACCCGAGGAACUGGCACAGAUGAACUCAUCAUCCAGCCUCAGUUUUCCAAAAGUUCGGGACUCAAUUGCACUGGAAAGUGAAAACAAAGGGUCUCAUUUGUCUGAGGAAAGUAAGCACCUCACGUCUAAAACUGAAGAUGUGAAGUCGCACAAAGAAGAAAGUGAAAGCUCUGAGGAUGAAAGUGCUGGUAGCGUUGUUGAGCAUAGCGAUGUGGAGGAUGAGCAGAACGAAUCUCCAGUGUCACUUUUAUUUUCAGCAAAGCCGCUGUCAUCUGCAUUAGCUAAGGGCAAAGACAAAGACAUUAAAACACAAAAAAGAAGUGUUGGAUUUGCAAUUGAACUGCCUAAAGCAUUUCCAACAUACAGCGCAGAGGAAUAUGAAAGAGGUAAUGAUGACAUUGAUCCUGUAACAGCGUCAGCUGAAUGGGAACUUGAAAAACGGGUUGAAAAGAUGGAUGUUUUUUCUGUCGACUUGGAAAAAGGUAAGGUAAUGUACAAAUGUACAUAUCAGAUGACUUUUGAGGUUUUCUACAUCCUAGUUUGGAGUGUAGCCCAUUUCCCCCCUAAUACAUGUACAUAAAAUUUAAUGUCUAGGGUUUUGCAUGCCUUCCAUCACUUACAAAGACUUUUUUGUCAUUAGAGUCAUUUUUUUCACUUUCACAUCACCCAUAACAAGGCUGUGCUCUUAAACUGCCCAUUGGGCCUUGGUGUCUACCUUUUGCUCUUGGGCAACUAGAAAAUCUUAGAUUUUUUUUGUAGAAAUCCUAUGCUGGCCACCCUAGAUUUCACAGGUUCAGAGCACUGGGCUUCCUUCAAUUUUUUUCGAUCGCAGCAUUCCAUAGUACAGCUUGUUUACUUCCCAAAAUUUUGCAUGAGCAUUACUUUCAAUAUCUCUUGAAGCCCACAAGAAAUUGAAAACAAUUUUUGGGAAGUAAGAAAGGUGUACAUGUCUGCACUAUGGGCACUGUGAAAGUUGUGGGUAAAAGCAAGUUUUGAUUAUCAUUACUUCAUGUAAGACUUUGUAUACCGGUAAUGUCCUUAGCCACUCGACCAUGUUAUGAUUUAGGGGCUGGAUGAUUGGUAUCAAAUGCAAAAGAGACAUUCUCUAAAUUUUAGAUCUCCAGAGGUUGGUUUCUCUGUGUAUGACUGUUUUACUCCGAGUAAAAUAAAAUUCCUGGGUUACAUGUACUUUCAUGUUUCCUUGAAAGCAGUGUAGAAUACUGUUUAGUGUGCUUAAAGACAAUUUUGACUUCCAUUCUUGCAAGGACCCAAAAUAAAAAUGUAAGCAUGUCUGUUUUAUUUGCAGGUGAGAGAGGGCUAGGUUUAAGCAUUAUAGGUCUUGGUGUUGGCACUGAUACAGGGGUGGAAAAACUGGGCAUAUUCGUCAAGUCACUGACGGAGGGCGGAGCUGCUGCUGCUGAUGGAAGGUAAUGACUCUCAAUUGUUGCUUUCCAAUAAGAUUAUUUAAAAAAUGAAUUAUUUAUACUUUACUCAGAGUUGUUACAUGUACAUGCUUUAAUUCAUGUAACAUGAUUAAAUCACCUGCACACCUGAAAGUGUUACUGCAUUUGGGAGCAAUAAAAAUGGUAGCAUGUUCUGUGAUCAGUAAAUUUUUCGCCAUAAUCUUGAUAAUCUUUUCCUGUCAUGUAAGUCUGGAACCAAAGAAGUUUUUAACUUAGGAUUGGCUGACAGCUGAAUGUCUUGUUCAAGUUUAGACAACUCUUGAUGUAAAGGUUCGUGGUUUAUAGUCAGAUAACAGCACUGUACACAGUAUGGCAUAUGAAUAUCAAGAAACAAUGUAUAUAAUGCUGUAAAUAUCCACUUUUAUGCCCCCCCCCCCCCCCCCCCCCCCCCACUAAUAAGCCCCCAAGUUAUAGGCCCAUCUAGGGGUACAUGUAACCAAAAACACAGAUAAAUUUGAUUUUUUAUGAUGAAUCUUGGAAGCUUAAAAAGGGAAUAAAUUCAAGAGGUAUUUUGAUCAGCACCUCCUCUCCCUCCCAUUCAUAAGCGGAAGUUUACGGUAUGCACAUUAAUUGAAUUUUGAAACCAGUUUUGGUGAAAAAAGGGCAAGUGUACAUGUAGGUAGAUAUUACAUGAAAUAUUAGAUAACAAUAAGUAUGUAGGUUCCUUAAGAGUACAAUACCGUAAAAACUCGUGUAUAAGCCGCACCUUUUUGCCGAAAUUUUGAGUCAAAAAUCGCGGGUGCGGCUUAUACACGAGACCAUUGCUCUCAAAGGGAGUAAACUUCGAACUUUGAAUGACAACUUGCAGAAACUGACCCUGAAUGCUUUGAGAACAUUUUUGGUGAAAGCGAUGGCGAGGACUUUUAUGGUUUCUAAGCAACUACAACAGUUGUUGAACAUUGAACACUGGUCGAUAGAAUGAACUUUAGUUUUUGCUUUUCUCGUGAAAAUGAUACCGAACCGCGUUGUACAAGAUUUCGCUUUGAACAACGAUUGAUGAGCCGUACUUUCAAACAUUGUUCAAUGUAAAUAGUUUUUUGCUUAAACAAGGAAUUUCGUUUUCUAAUAUCAAGAUAUCUGUACCUGUUACUUGUAAAUAUAUUAUUCAGUUUUGUAAAAUACAGUCUUCACAAGUCCAGCAUUUGUUUACUUGUGUCCUUCUCUGGUGUCCAGACUUCCCUCGUCAAAUAAACGCUAGGUUACUAAGCAAUCGUUUUGUAGCAUUCUCCAGCGCUUUAUUUUCGUUCCAUCGUUCCAUUUUCAUUUCAACUGUGGGCUUUAGCAAUGAAGAGAACUGUUGUCUUUCGCAGGAAAUGGGGAAAUUGAUUAAAGAGAACCUUUUAAAAGGUAUUUUCAGAGUUGAUUAACUUAUUUAAAAUGUCACUGCAAAUACACAACAUUAAAUUUCCUCAAGUUUAUUUGUGAACAUUUUGAUGCGCGAACAAACGAUCACCUUUUUUACAAAAGCGCAUUUUUGGUUUUUUUUUUUUUCAAAAUCAUGCUUGAAAGUUGGGGGUGCGGCUUAUACACGAGUGCGGCUUAUACACGAGUUUUUACGGUAAUUAUUUAUUUUACCACACAACACUGUUAUCAUUGUUAUCGUCGUUAACAUUGUUAUCCCAGACACUCUGUACACAAUCCUUUUUUAUGCAAUGUGUGUUAUGUGCAGUCUUCAAAUUCUUUCCUUUUAGAAUACAAGUGAAUGAUCAAAUAAUUGAAGUUGACGGAAUUUCUCUUGUCGGAGUAACACAGAUAUUUGCUGCACAGACGCUAAAGAACACCAGCGGGGUGGUGAGGUAAACAACAAAAGCAAUUAAUAGUUUUUUUCUUUCUUCUGAUUAGUGUUACAUAGUCAUUUAAAUGAUGAUUAAUAUUACACAUAAUGUAAAUGUAAUUGCCUAUUGUCUUAAAAUUUUUUUCUUAAAUUAAAAUACAAAUAAAUUAUUUACUAUCAGUAACAGAAUCUCUGAAAAAAUUGCAAUUUGAUCACAAUCGAUCUCUUUUAAAAUUUUUUGAAAUGUUCAAAUUUGCUGCCAUAUUUGGUACUCCAUUCAUCUUAGUCUCUCUUGGAAGCAAAGGAGCUGAUGUAAAUAUUCUGUGUGAGAAUAAAGUCUAUAAAUUAAUCAUUUGGCAUUUGUAUCAUUACAAUAAUUUUUUUAAUUAUUUAGAAAUCUGCUCAGAAGCACAGCAUACAGUGUAGUCAAUAAGUCUGUUUUCAGCUAAUUCCACUUUGUCAAUAAAGUGCAUGCAAUUCCUGCUAAAACUGUUUUAAAGCAUGUUUUAAAGUUAAGAAAAAGGCUACUUACAUUGAAUCUGCAUCCAAGUGUUGUGGACAUGAUUAUACAUAAAUUUUAGAUCAAGGCUUGUGAAAAACUCUGGGACUAAGGUCUGGAUAAUAUUAUGGAGGUGCAACUGUACAGUAGUGAAACUGGGCGUUUCAUGCACCUACAUGUAUGCAGUACAGAUACUGUACUUGUGUUUUUCAGUCAUCCUACUUGGGUCCAAAGAAACCAAAUUAUUUUCACACUAUUUACUGCACAUGUACAUUGUAACAUGUACACUUGUCUUGUAAUCAUUUUUGAAUAUAACGUGUUAAUCCUCAGAUUUCUUAUGGGAAGAGACAAGAGUAGAGCUCACCUACACAAUUUGCACAGAAUUGACUCUAACAAUGAACAGCAACUUGAAGUACUUCGGCAAAAACUAGCCCAGGUUGGUACAGAGAACAAAUGCACAAAUGCCAUGAGAAUUUACCUUGCCAAUAGUUGGCCAUGUUGGUAAUAAUAAUCAUCUUUUAAGGGGCUGGAUGUUUAUUACCUGUGUGUGUGUUUGGAGGGUGGGAGGGCAGCACUUUUGCAGGGGGGGGGUCAUUUUCAGAUAAGGGAGUGUUACCUGGGAGGUCACUUUAAUUAAUUUCAUGAAAGUAGUACAAAGCAGUUAAACAAAUGUGAAUUGAAAUUGAAUGUAACAGCUUUGAAAAGUCAACACCAGACUUAUAAACACAACUGUAGAUAAAGUAUGUGGUAAUCUUCGACACGAUUUGUAGCUAGAAUAUUCAUACAUUAGUUUCCACAGCAGUUGAGUUGGGUGGGGGUGUGGUCACUUUCACAAUGUGUAAAAUUUAUGUGGGGUCAUUUUUAAAAAGCUAGGAUGAAGUGGUGGUCAGUUUGAAAUUCUUCUAAACUUUCUCAAAAUGGGCGGCCCUCCCUCACAGGCAAUUAAUGACCAGUCCCUAAUUUUGCAGCAAUCUACAGCACCUCUGCAGUUGUUCAGGAAAAAAAUGUGUGGUUUGAAAAUCCAUUGGCUUGGACCCAAUAUUUUAUGUACUAUUCAUUUGUAUUACAGGCUGAAGCCAAAGCAGAAGAAGCAGAGAAAAGACUUGCAGUUGCAGAAAAAAUGUUUUCAGCUCAGUCAAAUGAUGUUAUGGCAAAACAUGUGAGUGAUUUUAUAGGUUUUUGUCUCAACAAUUUAGUUUACUGUAGGUUUGUGAUUUUCCGCGUCCUUUCUUUCACAAACACAAAUUGUACCAAAGUGCAAAUUGAACUACAACAUAUACACCAGUGCAUCAGGGAACUGUGGUAAUUGCUAAGUGGUUUAUCUACAUGUAGCUUUCUUAAUCGCUUAAUCGAAAGGUAGUGAAAUACCACUUAUUAGCCACAGACAAGGUUAACAAGUUUAUUAUCUGGCCUUUUUGACACUAUUCUUAAACUGAAUACAAUAAUAAACAUUGGAAGUAAUUAUUAGUUUCAACAUCGGCACACAAGGGAUCAUUCAAGGUUGUGUUCACCAAAACAAACCUGGUGAUGUGAUCAAAACCACAGGACACAGUUUAUUUGACAAUGAGAAAUUUUGGACCUAAGCCCCCGAUCAAUUUAAAACACCAACUAAUCACGGAUAACUUUUAAAAAGACACAUCACCCCAAUGAGUUGUACAGUUGAGCCUACAAUACAGUCUUCUGACACUGGUCAGCAGAUAUGCUUAGUUGACAGCUGUCAAUUGAUCAUAACAUGGAUGUCCAUUGUCAAGUUUAACACAGAAUGUAUAAUUAUGCCCUGGAUCCUUAGCGGAAGACCUUAGACAACAAUGACCUCAACCAGGUUGUGGCGUCCAGCUCUUUUGGUGAAAACAAGGAUUUAUUUGGGUAGGGUGCUCAGUCUCACGGGCUCCUAAAACCUGGUCUCGGUCAUUCUUAUUUAAGUAUUUUCACACUUAGCUACUAACGCCUGGUCGUUACAAGAAAAUAUUGCCUGCUUAGCAGCCAAUCAGAGCAUGUGAACUAUUGUAGCCAUUAUAAUAAUCUAUUAAAAUUUAAAUGAAAAAAAGUUUUUUUUCUUCACUCUAGAUAUCUGGUAACGAUAAUGAAGAGACGAAGAAGGCAUUAGCUGAAAUGAAGGAAAAGAUGAGCUCAUUAGAAUCAGACCUUGCACUCUCUGAGGCAGAGAAUGAUGACAUGGUACGGCAGUUGGAGGAAAGUAAGGGAUUAUACCUGAUCCUGGAGAAAAAAUACCAGAUUGCCAAGGGAAAACUCAAGGAAUUUGAGGAAAGGUGAGUUUAGAGCAAACUGUUUGUUGUCUAACAACAAUAAUACUAAUUAAUUACCACACUUACAGGUGUGUUUGUGAUCCUUAAACUUUGUAAUGGCUAAUUAGGCCUGAAAGCAGUAAUAAUCAAUGAUUCAGUCGUCAGUGUACAAAAAGGUAGCACUUUAAUCAUCAGGGCCGAGCUGUCCAAAGCUGAGUUAAGAUAACCUAGGGUUAGUGCGAGAUUUGAAUUCAGAUUUGAAAGCUUAAAAAGUAUUUCAGUUUCAAUUCUUUUUGUCUACAAGUUGAUGAUUGGAAGCUCUAAAAAUAACAGAGAGAAUUAUCCCAGAAAAUGCUUUUGAACACAAGAAAAAGAAACCUGGGUUAAAUUUAACCCCAGGUUAAGCGCUAAUCAGCUUUCGAACAACUCGGCCCAGGUCUUGAAUCUCUUUACUGUGGGAAAUUAGAUGGUUCUUGGAUGGAUCAUAAACAACUUGAAUAAACCAAUGAAAAGAAGGCCAUCACAGUUAGUGAUGUAACUUUCACUACAUGCAGAUGAGCUUCUUUGCCCUUUAUUUUUGCAUUCUGCAGUUUCAAUAUUCUGAAUUCUUGUAUUUAUCUUUUCAAAACUAACUUGAUGAUUAAUGAAAGUACCUCCAGAGCUUGCAUCUUGCUCAUGAAUAUUUUGUAUAUUCAUGAGCAGUAGGUUUUUUCUCCAUAAUUACUAUAAUCUGACCCUACAUGUAUUUUGUUUUUCAAGGGAUCAAGCAAAUGCUGCAGCUGCUGAGAGAUCUGCCGUGGAAAUUAAACUGCUUCAAGAUAGGGUUGGUAGAUACCAUGUUUUUGUUUUUGGUGACUUUAAAAAAAGUAAUAUCAUGGUAAAUUUUCAAGGACACACAAAAGGAUUUAAUAAUUAAUAUACACUGUAUUAGAGAAUCUGGAUAUUUGUCAUUAGUAAAAUCCAACUCGUGGUCUAUUAUCAAUGGUGCAUUCUGAUUGGUUGAACUACUACUAGGCUAUAUGUUAUAGCCCCCUAGUAGCAAAAAGCGCAGGAUUUUGGGGGAUAUUUUUUAUCAACUAGUUGGAUUUUACUAAAACAAUAUUAUUCCUCUCGCCCUCUCAUGGCCUCUGAGUCAAUAGCCUAUUGACUCAGAGCCCAUUCAGGCUCAAGAAAUAAUUGUUAAUUAGUCUCUUGGGGCAUUUUGAAUUGGGAAAAAAUUGAAAAAUGUCAUUAUCAAUAAUUAUUUAUAAAAGUGAGAAAAAGGUGAUUGUUUAUGAAAACCUUAAAAGAAUUAUUCACCCAACAGUUUUCCAUUGUCGUUACAGUGUAGCUUGAAAAACCAUUUGUAGUUUCCUUUGUUGUUUUUUUUAGGCUUACUGGAUGCAGUUUUGCUAUCCAUACAAAGACUUUAAUCUGCACCUUCUUUUCUUUGAGUUUGAGAAACUUUUAUGACUUUACUAACUUGGACCAUGAUUUGUUAUUAUUUUAAGGUCAAAGAACUUGAAAGUCAACUUCACAUUCUACAGCAAGCAACACCAGGGAAGGAAACAAAACCCACCUCAAAAUUAUUCAAACAAGAACAGGCAGAAUUGUCAUUAUCUAGCUCUAAACAUUUGGGAAAGGAUGUUCCUUCAGGGAAUGUGCAAUUAAUUUCAAGCAAGGAUAAAAAAGCAAAGAAAAAUGAAGAACAAAACGUACCGCCCACUGAUGAGAGGAAAUCGCAAGUGAAUGAGGAAGUUGUGGAGAAUGGUUUAGCAGCUGAAGUACAACAAGCACUUGCAAAUUUCCAAUUGAGCUGGGACGCAGAGGCAGAUAAAGUUAAAACAGGUACAGUGUAUCAUUGACAUUAUUCUGUCAUCUGAUCAUUUUAGCAAUGAGGAAUUCUAUAAUAGAAUGGGAAGAGUCCCCCUCUCCCAAUCAGUUAAAGCCCGUCACAUCAGAUUCCUGGGCCAUUGUCUUCAGCACCCCCAGGAGGACCAUAUUUCCAAAUACGCUCUGUACCACCCGAAACAUGGUAAACCAAGACCUGGUGGAUGUAAAAUUGUAUUCCACAAAAUUAAUAUGCUGCAAAACUAGUCAUUGCAUGCCAUCAUAUCAGUUUUUUUUCAACCCCUCUUCUUCUCUUUUCUUUACUUCAGAAACCACAGAAGACAACAAAAAUGAAGGAUUAGACCUAAACAUUAUACCAGCCACAGAAACACUCGGCAAUGAAUAUCUGAUGGAGAAGAAGAGACUUGCAGAGGCACAGGGAAAAAAACAUAAGCCGACCCGAGCCAGCUGGGCUAAAUCACUUGAUGAUGAUGAUGAUGUAUGUCAGUCAUGCUAUAAUUAUGAUGAUUUAUUCGGUGGAACCCCGUUAAUACGGUCACCAAUGGGCCAAAAAAAAUUUGGCCAUAUUACUUGGUGACCUUGUUAAUGAGGGUUUUUUUACAUGAAAAUGUAUGGCCGUUUUGCCAGGCAGCCAAAAAAGUGGCUGUAACAGCGAGGUGACCAUAUUACUUGAGGUGGCGGUAAGGCAGGGUUUCACUGUAGUUUAAUUGUUUUUUUGCCAUGUUUUUAACUUUUGAGCAAGCAUUAUUAGGGAAACCAAUCAUCGAUUUCCCUAAUACAUGUAAUAAUCCAAUUGAUAGCAAUUAACAACCGGGGCCUGUUCAGUGUACCAGAAAAGUAGCCAUACUAGCUAUUGUAAAGUGUCUUAAUAGCGUCAGAAAGGAAUGAGUAAUGGAGUUUACUUGUUUGGCGAUGAAGUAUUUAAUAUUUAGCCAUGAAUGCUUCAGUAAGACAUGGAAUUCUUAUUGAUUGUGAAUUUAGAUUUUUGCGACUCAGGAGACUUCAGAUAAUGAUGAAGAAGACAGCCCCUCAAAGACAAGUUUGGCAGAAAGUGAACACAACCAUAGAAGCCCUCCAACAGGACCAGGGCUUUAUCUUCCUACCUUCCCAGCUGGAGGCUUCAAACUUCGGUCCACAGGCAAAAAUCUCUAUGAUGAACCACCUGCAAAGAGUGGGGACACGUCUCCGCAGGAAACUCGAGCGAGCUUUCCUCUUUCUCACAAGGAGGAGACACGUAAUAUUGUAGUUGAGAACCUUUUGGAGAAGCAGCUUUCCAAGGCAGAUAUCCAGGUGUCAUCUCUGCCAACUACUGCACUUGAUAGGGUGGACAGAGCAGAGCAGCAACCUGUUGAAGAUGAGGAAUGUUUUUCAGGGUCUGCAAACUCCUUGGAUGAAAUUGAAGAGGCUGCCAGAAGGGUAAGGAAGCCAUUGUUUUUAUUGUAUUGAGCAGGCAGUGUGGCUCAGUGUAUGUAUCAGGCCUUCCUUAUAGGUAAGGGGAGAGGAGGUUUUGGAUCAGUUUAGGUUUUUGGGAAGUUGCCCACCUACCCUUCCCCUGAACCAACAUUAUCACUUGUUAUCACUUACAUUGUUGGGCAAAAUGUUGUCUUAGGGGAGGGGUAGGUUGGCAGUUUUCUAGAAACCUGAUUUGAUCCUCCCCCAUAAAUGCCUGAUGCUAGGGCUAUAUUCAUUUUGACAUUACGUACUCUCAAUCCUCAGAUUGACUCAGACCUAGCCUCAUCACAUGGUUCAUCACGUGGUUCUUCCCCAUUCCUCCCUCCUGCAAUGCCUUUGUUACAAGUGAAGAGUGUUCCAGUUUUAGAGCCUUACAAUGAAGCAGCUAUUGAUUGUCCACCUGAGCUUCUUGCUGCCAGCAGUCAAGCUGGUUCUGGGCGGGCCUCACCAAGUAAGUGUCAAUCAUGCUAGUAUUUCAUUUUAUUCUUCUUGUUUGAUUUGUUAGUUAAAUACUGUAAACAGCUGCUUAUAAGAACUGGGCUUAUACAUCUUUUUAGGGGUAUUGGGAGGGCUUAGGACUGGAGGGGCUUAUAUCUGGGGGGAGCUUAUAACCGUAAGAAAAAAAGGUAUGUCAAAACAAGGUACACUGUAAAGCAGUGCUGAUCAGAUUGCUUUUUACAUUAAUUGUACUGGUUUUUGAAUUAAGCUUCACGAUGUUAUGGUACAUCAAUAUGAUACAUUGAAUUAUUGUCAAUGCAAGCUGGAGAGGUGCUUGUUUCCAGGGGGGCUUAUAACUAUAUGAGCCUAUAACUGGGUGGGGGGCUUAUAAGUAGGAGAAUUUAUAAGCUGCAGUUUGAGACUCUUUGAAUUUUGGUUUGGAUGUGAAAUAAUUAUAAGUAUUUUAUCAAAGUGUGUUGAAGAUUGAGCGCAAAUGUUUUGGAAUAUGGAGGAGGGAUUUUGGGAAAAAAAUUCGGCAAAACUUGUCAUCGUUGAACACUCCCUAAAAACUAAGUUGUUAGUGCUUUAGUACUCCUUGAACGCUCCUUAAAUGUUAUAACCAAAAACCAGCACAAACACUGGCAGAACAUUAAUUUAGACUCUUGAGGUACCGCUUUUAAAAAUUGUUAUUUGCUUGUUCCUCUCCGGUCAGGUGUUGCGUCGAAUACAGAUGGACAGUCAUCAAUCAGUAGUCCUGAUGGGCAGUCAGUUGAAGUGUCACAACUUGUGUCCGACUGGGACACAGAUCAGGUGGGUCAGUCAAACAAAAGAUUUUGUUUACCUUCAACUCCCUUGAGCUGUCAACAUCAGUUUUCCCCUACAGUAAAUAAUAAAUAAUCAACAGAAAAGGGUGUGAGAAUUGUUAAAAUGGUCAUCAAAUGGAAAAUACUUCUAAUUUUUCAUCAGAUUUUCUCAACGUAAUAUUUAACUAAAGGUUUGAACAUAAGUCUACUCUACAGAAAUUGUAUGUGGUUUUAUACACUAACUUGUAUGUAGAAAUUGGGGUUUAAAUGGGUACUAUUUAUGUGCAGGCACUGUCUUGUAUCGUUAUUGUAAUUUGCAUACCCACGGAAUACUUACAACUGUAGGAGUUCAUAGCAACGCGUCGAAACGAAUCCGUGUGUUCCAGAUCGAAUUGGAAUUUGGAAAUGUUGGUUUUUUUAGGGGAGGGGAAAACCAGAGUGCUCAGAGAAAAACCUCUCGGAACAAGGGAGAGAACCAACAACAAACUCAACCCACAUAAUGACGUCGACUCCAGGAUUCGAACCUGGGCCACAUUGGUGGGAGGCGAGUGCUCUCACCGCUACACCAUCCUUCAGUGCUCCUCUUAACAUAAUAAUCGUGGGUACAGGAGACGGCUUAAAGGAGUUAAGGUGUGAAUAAAGCCCUCUUCACACCAACAAAACCAGUUUUUUAAAGUUUUUUUUAACCAGGUUAAAGAAAAGAAAAUCAGUGAAAGAAAACUAAAGUACUAGCUUUUACAAACACUUUGAGAAAAAUGUCGUUGACUUAUGCUUUUGUUACGGCCAAUCUUUUGGUCGCUUUUAUGAAGGAGACAAAUAAACACCGUGUUUAAUUAAAUAGCUCUUAAACAUGUCUAAGCUUUGGUGUGAGUUCAGUUGGGCAUAAGGCUACUUUGUUUUAAAUCAAUGCUUACAAGUGCUGCUGUGUACUUGUAGGUGUACAUGUGGCUGGUGGCAAAUGACCUUGAAGUGUACGCGGAAGAGUUCAGCAACAAAAAUAUCGACGGCAAGCAGUUAUUAAAUUUAGAUGGCUCCAAGCUCAAGGUAGGACUUGGUGUUUACCCUUUUUUAACGUUUGGGAAAAUAUUCAAAGGAAAGCUUUUUUUCUUACUUAACCCCAGGCCGACAUGCUUCGGCCUCAAAGCCGAAGCGACUAGCGGGGAACCCGCGGGAAAAAACUUUUGCGCGGGUCACUAUAAAGACUUGGCCGAAAACGGAAACCGCGCACGUCAAGUCUCUGACACCCAGGGUAGGUUGAUUUGGAAGACUGUGCGUUACUCUAGAGAAGUACCAGCCACGCCCCUGACUCAGAAACCUCUGUUACACGAUUUGAUCACUUGAGAGGAUAAAAUAGGGGGUAAAUGUUGAUCACCGUUUUGAUUUUUUUAAACUUUUCAGGCCAUGGGUGUGAGCCAAAACCACCGAGCUGUAAUAAAGAAGAAGAUCAAAGAAAUGAAAGCGGAAACGGAGCGGGAACUCAAGGCUAGAAAGCAACGCGAAAAAGAACAAAAGGGAAAUAAAGGAAAGCUUGAGAAAAUGGGAUUUAUGAAAAAGAAGGGAGUCUACAACAUUAACUAG